GCCUCAUCCCAGCGGCGAACCUCUCGGCACGCCAUCAGCUGAGCCGCCCCGAAGGGACUCGCCCAUGGGCCAUGGCAACCGUCGCCGACGCCGACGCCCUCCACCUCCGGCCCCGGCGUGGAGCGCAGGAGGACCGUCCGCACUUCGCACUCGUGAGUCGUGACUGGUGUCGUGCGGUGGUGAGAAACCCUAACUUGCUCGGCGGAUUUUUCCCAGAGUUUCGGUUUUUCCCCGCGAGACUAUUCGCUGCUGUGUUUGUUUCUCUCGAUCGAUGCCUAGGAUUUAUUUGUUGCGAGGUGGAGUACCAGUCCGGAAAUCAUCCAUCCACGGUUCCGGUUGGGUUCGAUUAACUUCUUCGGCGGGCGCUAGGUCAUCUCAGUUGAUGCCAUGGGGCUUUGGGUGCGGAUGAACUUUAAUUUCCAGGAAAAAAAAGGUUCAUCUGAACCCCUAUGCCCCUGUUAAUUUCAGGGAUGUUGGCUCAUGGUCUAGCAAUCGAUCCCUCAAGGACUUUGCGAUGCCCAGCUUCUUCAAAGGUGUCAACUGCACCCUUGGGACUUGUCACCUCGUUGAGUUUCAACAGGCGAUGCAAGGAAAAGAACAAAGUCUUCAUCAAUGUGGAUAGAUACACCAAAUACAGUACUCCUUUCUGUUAUGCACAGAGAAAUGCCAGAAUCAUACCACUGGCAACUGCAUCAUUUGGGGACAUGGCCGAUUCUACUCCCAUCUUUCCUAGAAUCCAUGUGAAGGAUCCAUAUCAGCGUCUUGGAAUCAGUAGGGAAGCAUCUGAAGAAGAGAUUCGAGCUGCCAGGAACUAUCUGAUAAGCAAGUAUGCAGGCCAUAAGCCAAGUGUUGAUGCAAUUGAGUCUGCCCAUGACAGGAUUAUUAUGCAGAGUUUCUUUGACAGGAAAAAGCCAAAAAUGGACCUCAAGAAAAAAUUUAGAGAGCUUAGUCAGUCACGUGCAGUCAAGGCUAUUCAAGGCAGAUUUCAAACACCACGUAGCAAAGUCAUUUGGCAGACAGCAAUUACUUUUAUCUUACUUGGAGUGCUUACCCUUGCUUUUCCUACUGAAGAAGGGCCAACUCUCCAGCUGGCCAUAUCUUGUGCAGCAAAUAUCUAUUUCAUUUAUCAGAGGGUCAGAAGUGGAUGGCGAGCAUUCUUUUAUGGGUUUGGAUCUUUCUUUGCUUCGUGGUUCCUUGGCACCUUCUUGAUGGUAUCUGUAAUUCCACCAAUACUGCCAGGUCCAAGAAACUUGGAAGUGAGCACUGCAUGUGUUACAUAUGCCCUCCUUUUCAUAUCAUCAACCUUCCUGAAGUAAGAAGCCUUGGUAUUUUCCAUAGCCUAUGAUCCUGCGGCAGCCAUCAACAUGGUAUCCUACAUCUGAUAACUCAACAAUCAUCUGCUCCUUUCUUUGUUUCUUCCCAGAGUUGCAAAUGCUAGUUCUUUGGUGAGUUGAUAGUAGUUGUUGUCAGGUUGUAAUUUGAGAUGUAGAACUGUUUUGCCUUGGCCCUUCUUAAGCAGUGAGCCUAACACCUCCUGUAGGCAUUUUGGUCGAAAUGUUAAACACUGAUUGGUUUUGGAUUUAGAUCAUAUGAGAUAGUCGCUAAAUUUCUACCGGACCGUCUUGGAGAUUUGGCUGCUGUUGGAGAUGUUUUGGGAGAAGAUUUUGGACAUUCUUGGAGAUGCUCUAACCCAUUCUCACUGGAUGCUCUCCUGCUCGGCAGUCCUGAUUGCGUUUGCAAGAUGGGAACUGGAGGAAUAUUAUCUUACAGGUUCCUACUUGCUACGCCUGAUCUGACCUCGGUGUCGUUGGAGUUGUUGCGCUGGCAUUGUCGUCCUAAUGUGCCCAUUAGUGCACGGUGAUCGGCUUAUUCGUCAUCCGUAGCAGCUAUCCAUUCUCUACUAUUCUCUACUGGGGAAUCGGCCGGAGUUGCGAAUCCCGUGACCCAUAGGCCGGACCCAAUAACGUCUGGAGCAAUUCAGUGAUCACUUCUGAAAGGUCGUGCCACUUAGUACUGGUGGGGCAUUGUUAUUAGACUAUUAAUAAAUCGCCUGCUCCGGCCUA